AUGCCGAAUACUCGCCCUUCGCCCAACGUGACUGGCCUGCCAACACAGCAACGAUACAUUACAGCCCAUGACGAGCAUGGGAAUUCCGUCUUCAGCACGACAGACUCCGCUGCUGUCUAUGAAGACAUUAAUCAUGACAUGGACUUCUUCCUUGCAUACGCCAGCUUUGACUAUCCAGUACAGAUGCAGCAGGACUCGGAUUUGACCCAGUACGAUAAAGCAUAUACAGGUCCGCAGCUUCCUAUCGUUAUUCCUGGCGGAACGGUACUUCGGGUGUGCAACUUUGCGCCUGGAUCAAUCACAGCCAUGCACCGGUCUUUGAGCUUGGAUUAUGGCAUCGUUGUUGCGGGCGAAGUGGAGCUUGUGCUUGGUUCUGGCGAGACUAGGUUGAUGAAACGAGGGGAUAUCUCGAUCCAGAGAGGAACUAUGCAUGCCUGGAAAACUCCAGAGCAUCAGACUGGAUGGUCGAGGAUGGUCUUCGUCCUUCAGGAUGCGGAGGGUCUGGAAAUUGGGGGUGUGGCGCUCAGAAAUGACUAUGGAGGCAUCGGUCCUUCAAGGAACUAG